AUGGACAGGUUGCAUUCCUCCAUGCGUAAAAGGCUCUACAGUUUGCCACAGCACAUUGGACAGAAAGCUUCGAUCAUGGGUGAUGAGGAAGACGGCGACAAGGACACCCGGAGGAAGAGCAUCAGGAUGAAGCCCCUGCCUUCACCGACCUCUGGGGGAAGCUUCAAAGGCAUCGGGGAAACCAAAAGCGGAGAGUCGGUGAUCAUGGAAACGGAUAUCGGGAGACCCGUAAAGACCAGCUCAAACGGGGAUUGCAGGAGGUUCCGGGGCAGCCUGUCAUCUAUCACCAGUCGGCAUGUCCACGACUCAGACUCGGCGGAGGAGAGGCGCCUCAUCACGGAAGGAGAUGUCACCCCAAGUGAGGAGAGUCCCCCUGGAGCGAUUGGUGGCGGAGCGAGUCAAGGUGCGCAAGGCUGUGGAGCUGGAAGCAGCAGCGGCGUAGCCCAGCAUGGCUCCCCCGACCAGCAGUCGGGGUUCAUAAAGUUGGAUUGUAUGGACCAAAUUUUACCAGAUGACGAAAGAUAUUAUCAAGCGGGGUUCAUGCACAGACAAUUUGGGGCAAUGCUGCAACCUGGGGUCAACAAGUUCUCGCUACGGAUGUUUGGGAGUGAAAAGGCUGUGGAGAGGGAACAGGAGCGGGUUAAGUCCGCCGGAUUUUGGAUAAUACAUCCAUACAGUGAUUUCAGGUUCUACUGGGACCUCACCAUGCUCCUGCUUAUGGUGGGCAACCUGAUCAUCAUCCCCGUUGGCAUCACCUUCUUCAAGGACGAGCACACGCCGCCCUGGAUCGUCUUCAACGUCGUGUCCGACACGUUCUUCCUCAUGGACCUGGUGCUCAACUUCCGCACGGGCAUCGUCAAGGAGGACAACACGGAGAUCAUCCUGGACCCGCAGCAGAUCAAGAUCAAGUACCUGCGCAGCUGGUUCGUGGUGGACUUCAUCUCCUCCAUCCCCGUCGACUACAUCUUCCUCAUCGUGGAGACGCGCAUCGACUCGGACUUCUACAAGACGGCGCGCGCACUUCGCAUCGUCCGCUUCACCAAGAUCCUCAGCUUGCUCCGGCUGCUGAGGCUGUCCCGCCUCAUACGCUACAUCCACCAAUGGGAGGAGAUCUUCCACAUGACGUAUGACCUGGCCAGCGCCAUGGUGCGCAUCGUCAACCUGAUUGGCAUGAUGCUGCUGCUGUGCCACUGGGACGGAUGCCUCCAGUUCCUGGUGCCCAUGCUGCAGGACUUCCCCGCCGACUGCUGGGUCUCCAAAAACAAGAUGGUGAACGACACGUGGGGCCAGCAGUACUCGUACGCGCUCUUCAAGGCCAUGAGCCACAUGCUGUGCAUCGGGUACGGCAUGUACCCGCCCGUGGGCAUGACGGACGUGUGGCUGACCAUCCUCAGCAUGAUCGUGGGCGCCACCUGCUACGCCAUGUUUGUGGGCCACGCCACCGCGCUCAUCCAGUCCCUGGACUCUUCGCGCAGGCAGUACCAGGAGAAGUACAAGCAGGUGGAGCAGUACAUGUCCUUCCACAAGCUUCCGGCGGACAUGAGACAGCGUAUCCAUGACUACUACGAGCAUCGCUACCAGGGCAAGAUGUUUGACGAGGAGAGCAUCCUGGGGGAACUGAACGAGCCGCUGAGAGAGGAGAUCAUCAAUUUCAACUGUCGGAAGUUGGUGGCCUCGAUGCCUCUGUUUGCCAACGCGGAUCCCAACUUUGUGACCUCCAUGCUGACCAAACUGCGCUUCGAGGUCUUCCAGCCGGGCGAUUACAUCAUCCGCGAGGGCACCAUCGGCAAGAAGAUGUACUUCAUCCAGCACGGGGUGGUCAGCGUGCUCACCAAGGGCAACAAGGAGACCAAACUUUCGGACGGAUCCUACUUUGGAGAGAUCUGUUUGCUGACGCGUGGCCGUCGGACAGCAAGUGUGCGUGCGGAUACGUACUGCAGGCUGUACUCGUUAUCGGUGGACAACUUCAACGAAGUGCUGGAGGAGUACCCCAUGAUGAGGAGAGCCUUCGAGACCGUAGCACUGGACCGACUGGACCGCAUAGGCAAGAAGAACUCGGUCCUCCAGCACAAGGUGCAGCACGACCUCAGCUCGGGCGCCUUCAACUACCAGGAGAACGAGAUCAUCCAGCAGAUCGUGCAGCACGACCGCGACAUGGCGCACUGCGCCCACCUCAUGCAGGGCGCCAACCCCCCCUCCGCCAGCCCCCCGUCCCCCACGCCGGUCAUCUGGGCGCCGCUGAUCCAGGCGCCCCUGCAGGCCGCGGCGGCCACCACGUCGGUGGCGUUGGCACUCACGCACCACCCGCACCUGCCCGGCGCGCUCUUCCGCCCGCCGCCGCUCACCGCGCUGGGCUCGGGCAUGGAGCAGUCGGCGCGCUUCCGGCGGCUGCACACCAUGGCGCCCUCCGCGUCCGUGACCUCCGCCGCCUCGGGGGCGGGCAUCUCGCCGGGCAACUCGCCGUGCGGCACGCCACCGCCGCGGACGCCAGGGGCAACGGGAGGGGCAGCACCUCUAGCGCACUCCUCCUCCGGGGCCGACACGCCGCUGCUGGCCACCUUCCGGGCGCAUCACAUGACCUCGGCUCCGGGGAUGAACGGCGGCGCGUCGGGAGGAGGAGGUGUCGGUGUCGGUGGUGCUGAAGCCUCAGGUGUGGCAUCAGGGGCGUCGGGGCAGCAGGGGUCAUCCUCCAACGCCGCCCAGGCCGUCCUCGGUGCCCACGGGGGGUCAUUCGGCGGCGGAGCCUCGUCCAGAGGCUACUCGGGAGCGUCGGCGUUCCCCUUCGGACCGUUCUCCUCGCCUGGAUCUCCGUCGUCCAGCACCGCUCAGCUCCACCACCCUCCGCCCUGCCAGCAGCAGCCGCAGCAGCAGCAGCGUCCGGCCCCCAGCGUCACCCCCCCUCUCAGCGCAGGCCUCUUCCAGCAGCCGGGGGCCACGGGUGGUGCGGUCGGCGGGGUGGGGGUCCGGCUGGGCUUUGGGGUCGGGGAAGCAGGCGGUGGGGCGAUGGGUGGAGGUGGGUCUUCCAGUUCACACUUUGGGGGUGGCGGCGGGUCCACAGGUGUUGUAUCAACAGGUAUGGGAGCGACAGGUGGAGGUGCUUUUGUCUCCUGCUCGUCUAAGGGCAGCCCCCUGUCGUCCGGCUCGUCCAGCCACCCCUCCAGCAGCGGGGGCAGCAGCAGCAGCGUCCUCAUCACCCACCACUCGUCCACGCAGCAGCAGCAGCAUUUCUCAGGUGGAUGCAGGACUUCCAGCGGCCUCAACCUCUACCACACGCCGUCCCCCGGUUCGCCCUCCUCGGGCAGGAGCCAGGGAGGCGCCGACGGCUCUCCUCGCUCCUCCUCCUCCGCCUCCUCCAUGAGGCUCACUCAUCAGCACAGCCUGGGCUCCUACUCCACCUCCACCUCCACCUCCUCCUCCACCAUCACCCCGCAGCAGUCGUCGCUGCUGUCGUCGGCGUCGUCCGUCCUGCCCGCGAUGGGCUUCCUGCCGCUGUGCGAGCGCUCGGCGCUGGCCUCGCUGGCCCAGUACGGCUCGGCCAACGCGUCGCCCUGCCUGACGCCGCUGGCGCCCAGCCCCACGGGCCAGAGCCCCGUCACGGGACGGACCUUCCACUUCAGCAACCCGUCCAGCGCGCACGGCUCGCGCACCUCGCUCUUCACGCCGCCGCCGAUGCCGCUGCCGCUGCCGCCGUGCCCGGGCCCCCUGCCCGGAGGGCACUCGGUGGCGGCGGGGACAGUGGGCACGGUCGGCUUGGCGGCGGUGGCGGGCAGGCAGUCUCCGCUGAGCCGCUUCUCCGAGGAGGCGAGUCUGCUGUCGGGCUCGUACUCCUCGCUGGGCCCGGAGGUGGCGCUGGGUCCGGCGGCGAUCACCACCACACACUCGCCUCCGCCGCGCGCCGACACGACGGCCCCCUGCCGCUCGCCCUACUCCUCGCUGGGGCCGGAGGCGGCGCAGGGUCCGGGAGCGAUGACGGCGAUGACGACGAUGACGAUGACGACGACAACGACGACGACGAUGACACACUCGCCUCCGACUCUGCCGCGCGCCGAGACGACGACGUUAGCGCCCCGCUGCCGCUCGCCCUUCUCCUCGCCCACGCUGGUGCCCCGACCCUGCAUCUCGCCCGCCGGCCGCGUCACGCCACCCUCGCAGAGCGGAGGGCCACCCGGAGGAGGAGGAGGUGGGGGGGCAGGGGGACCCCUGAUCCAGACUCGCUCUUCGGGGGCGUCCUCCCCUGCGCUUCCACCCCGCCGGGACUCGGCCGCGGGGCCCCCUGAGUUCGAACCGCCCCGCUCCAAACUCCCCUCCAACUUGUGA